AUGUUUUUCUACCAGUACCAUGUAAAUCCUGGGAUCACAGUUUGUUAGUUGAAGUAUGUUUUUUGGGUUAAGAUUUUCUGGGAUUAGCCCAUUUCAAACAACUGAAGCGUGAUGGGAUUUUAGGAUUAUGUGCACAUUAGUUUGACUGUAGUGGCUUCGAGAAUGUUUUCAACGGAAUGAAAUUAUUUAGAAGGGUAACAUUCUGGCUGACGUGCAUUGGACUUUUGAACGUAAUGUCAUAGAAACCGCAGAAGAGUCUCCUGCUGUAGUUAGUAGGUUGUUUGUAUUUUUCUGUGAGGUUUACAAAAUGAAAUGAGAAAUCAGGAUUACAUGCACUUCUAUGGCUGAUUUUUCAACCCUUUAAACAUCAGUUUACCUAAAAGGGCUUAGUGAAUGAAAUGAUUUACACAUUUUUCGUUCUGGGUGAGGUUCAAUGGACCUCAAUGUUUUCAUAUAAAGUGCAUAAUGGGGUUGCUGAACCAUUUCAGAUAGCCUUGAGUGCUUUUGGGUGAAUCCUGUUUACCUUGUCAUUAUGGUAAACCUGCAUGUGAAGCUUUAGUCUAAUGCCAGGAAACACUGUAGGUAUGACACGUAAGCAUCAUGACAUGAGUUGCAGUGCAUUGGACAGGUCGGUGCACUGCUUCAAGAGCCUUGUGGAGUUUUCCAUGCAGCCGAUCACUUCCCUGUCCAACAGCAGACAAGGAAACAAACACAUUCCACAUUCUAGUCUGUAGAAUGUCAAACGUUCAUUUGGAAUGUGGGAUUUAAAGGUAGAUGAUAAACAACUGUAGUGGCCAUUAGAAAUAAAUGAGCAUUAAGGACAUUUGAAUACAGUUUAUGUGAAGAUUGACAUGUCAUGAAAGCUUCAAAUGUUUACACACGCAGACAUGGAAAACACUAUCUGACAGCGGUACCCAGACUACCCACAUUACAGUUCUACAGGUUCCAGGAACGAUGUACAAAUACACACAGAGAUACAAAAACACCCACGAUAACAGUUUAACCUCACAUUUCACAGACGCACACAAACUUGAGGCAGUGGUUUAAUGCCAAAUAAACUGGUACAACUGGUCAGACGAGAGGGAGCGAGACACCGCAGAUGUAAAAGGGAGGGAUGAAGGAGGAAAUACCAUACACAGAUUGACAGAGAGAGAAGGGAAAGGAGAGAAAUGAACAGAUGGGGAAACUGGAGGGGUAAGGUCCACUUAGCAUGUUAGUGUCUCAAUGGAGAUGCAAGGGACUCAUUGAAUGGGAUAUUCUCCACUGGGAAAGUACUCUCUGAAGGACCAUCUCUGACAGACUGGUACAUGUCAGCUACCGCCACAGCUCCUCUGGAGAGACGUGAGAAACCAGAACCUCACGUCACUCUCCAUCUGAUUCCAGCCAUCACAGCUACGUCUACCACAGCACCUCCACCUGCCUCUAUCCACCAUGAGUGACGACAGGGAAAGACAGGGUGCCGAUGGAGGCUACGGGGUCGAACAGCCGCCCAACGUCAAACCCAAACCUGACAGCAUCAAGAAGGAGAAAAAGGAGAAAUCCACCAAGGUGCGUAGGUCCAUGAGCACUGACUCCGAGAGAGGAGAGGGAUCUGGGAGAAGGAGGGAGAGAAAGAGAGACAAAGGGUUGAGGAGGGAGCGUGGUAGAAGUGAGGAGAACAGGAGGCAAGACAGGGCUGGAGAUGACAGCAACCAGAAGGAGUCUGACCCCCAGGAAAACGACAUGGAGGACACUGAGUGCGUGGUUUGCUUCUGCGAAUACGACAACGUCUUUAAAACCCCCAAGCUGCUCUCCUGCGGGCACACGUUCUGUCUGGAGUGCCUGGCCCGGAUCAACGUCACCUCCUUAGAGCUCAAGUCUCUUUCCUGCCCUGUGUGUCGAGAGCUCACCAAGCUGCCCCAUGGCCGCAACCUGCCCCAGCUGGGCAACAACCAGGACAUCUUCCGCAAACUCCCUCCAGAGAUGCAGAGGGCGCUGUCCGUGCGCUUCAAGCGCAGCAAGGGCAAGCUGGUCCUCAAGAAGCCCCCUCCUGGUACUACCAGCCUGGCCAUGUCCAGCCUCACCCUGCCCACUCUCAAGAAGCAGGACCCGCAGGCCUCCAGCAACCUCCAGCUGGGCACCAUAGAUCAGGGCCUCGCCACUGUCGUGGACGUGGGUCGCCCCCCUAGCAGGGUCAGAGGUCGCCUGCGCAGGAUGUUCCGCUCGGACCAGUGCUACUACACCGUGAUGGCAUCCAUCGUCACCAUCACCGUGGUGCUGAUGCUGAUGGGCAUCCUGGCCUUCAUGGUCAUGCCCAAUGUGGUUCUCCACAACGGCAGCAAACCCAACCAGGGGAAUUCCAGCCAACCAUAACCAGGUGGUCAAAUACCCUGAGGAAAAGACGGGAUGGUGGUGGGAUGAAGGGAAGUAAUACCAGAGGAGAGAAUCACUCAGAUAUUUUCAGAGGACUAAUAUUGUCAGGGAUCCUAAUAUCUGCCAUUUCAUUUUCUUUACUAAUACUCAGUUAUGAAGAAAAUGUGAAUUAACUGAAAAGAAAGGUGACCCUGAAAGCACUAGAGAACACUCAACUGGGGUCAAUACAUAACAAGGACCAUGUUGUUUAUGAAGGACUGACGCACAAGAAGUACUAAUGGGAAAAGUGUCGCAAGAGUUAUUUUUUAUCCACCAUGUUGUCUUCCUUCCUGCAGUAUAAAGAUCAUGAACAUGGAACAUUUACCCAAAUGUGAACGGGACAGCUAUUGCGGUGAAGUCAGAGAGGACAAUUAAUGUUGCCUGGGGAAAUGUAAUUCAUUAUAAAGUUGUGUACUAUGUAAUUGCACUGAAGUCUGCCGUGGAGAAUUAUUACAAGUAAGAGAUUAUUUGAUUACACUGAGCAUUAUCUUAUUCUUUACAUUGCAAAGUAAAAAUGCUCAGCUCAAGAUUUUGUUUUACAUUCAUUGAUGUCUAACUAAUGUAUAUUUACGUACAAAAUAUGAAUAUACAUAUAGAGUUCAAAUAAGAAUGAUACAAUGGAAUAGGUCUCUCUUGUCAUAGCAGAGGUAUCCUACCACACUGAAAUGAAUUACAUUUCCAAUAGACCCAGUGCCAUGUUACAUGCACGUUGCACGUACAUACACGUUGCCUUACAGUAAAACCAAAUGUGCUGAUUUGAUUUCUGAUAAGAUCUUUGCCUAUCGGUACCUUGGUUGCACCUUCCUCUUUUAGUCCCAUUAGAGAAUAAUUUUAUUUUCGUUUUUAUACUAUUUCCUGACAGGUUCAGUGUGUGUGUGUGUGUGUGUGUGUGCGUGCGUGCGUGCGUGUGUGUGUGUACUGUUUUAACAUUUUACUGAAAGCUACACUAUACAAAACAUUAACAACACCUGCUCUUGCAAUUACAUAUACUUACCAGGUGAAUUCAAGUGAAAUCUAUGAUCCCUUAUUGAUGUCACUUGUUAAAUCCACUUCAAUCAGUUUCGAUAACGGGAGAAGACUGGUUAAAGAAGGGUUUUGAAGCCUUGAGACAUGGAUUGUGUAUGUGUGCCAUUCAGAGGGUGAAUGGGCAAGACAAAGGAUUUAAGUGCCUUUGAACUGGGUAUGGUAGUAGGUGCCAGGCGCACCGGGGUGCAACUCAAUAUUAGGAAGAUGUUCCUAAUGUUUGGUGUAUGUAUCAGUGAAACAGUGUCACUCAUGACUAGUUUUAGUUGCAGUAGCUAUGUUUUCCAUUCUAUGGUUGUCAGUGUGACAGAAAAACCUCUUACAAGGCACCUUGCAUGCAAAUAUUUCAUAAUGGAAAGGAGGCAGUGACAUUUGACAGCAUGACUAAGUGUAUGUGUUGUGUAACAUGCAAGCGUUUUAUUAAUUGUUUAAGGAAUAUGCUCUUAAUCAUUAAAAUAUAAAGUUUGAACGGUUA